CAGGAUGACAGAUAUGCAACAAUUAAUUUUAGUCUUGUUAUUCAUGGCUCAUCUUCUUGCUGUUGGUGACGCGGGGAUAAGCGUAACCUGUAGGGGAAAGGAUGCCAAGUCGUGCCAAGAGACGCCGACAGGGACGUAUGCACGUCCGCAAAGCGAGAUUGGAGAUUCAACACCAAGUAUUGCAACGGCAGCUCAGCCACGAAAUCAUGCAGGGUAUGACCAUCAAUCUUACACUCGACCCCCGUUACUGCCGCCAUCGUAUCAACCUCCUCCCCCGCCACCGCCACCACCGCCACCACCGCCAUUACCUUCAACAACAACAACCACUACUACUACGCAUAUUCCCUAUAUCACCUUGGGACCUUGGGAAUGCAAAAUUUCUACUAAGGAAGAGAGAGCUAAGCUAUUCGAAGAAAUGGGCAGCCUCAAUCAGAUUUUUAUGGCAGAUACAGCUGAAGAAGCAGCACUAAAUUUCGCGCCUGUCUUUGAGAAACUAAAAGGAGCAGGAUUUGACGGUGGCCGACCAUACCCUGAGGACAUCCACAUCAUAGAUGGUGGCAUUCGACGAACUUGCAGCAACGAAUGCCAGAUUAUCUUGCGUGCAUUGAGGGCCUCCGAAAAAGGAACAGCAUCAAUCAGGCACCAACGAUCAUUGGGCUCUUUGCCGCUCCAUGGUCAGGAACGAGGGAGAAAUAAGAGGGACCAUCACGAACACCACCAUUUCCCCGAUCGUCCACUCGCUCCUGGAAAGAUUUCACAUGCCAAUUGCACACUGGAAAUCGAAUAUGAGGUAUGUGCUGUGGCAGGUACUGAAGAAAGUCCGGGUUUACAACGUCUAUGCACAAAGUGCCAGCGCAUCUACAAAGUUAGUCCAAAUUGUUUUCCGAGACUUGUGAAUGUAGCAACAUGCAGCGGUCCAGCGACAUGCAUAUUCGAUGAAGGUCGUCCCCAAGGCACUGGAGAACCAGAGGUGUUGCCCAUGAAUUUAUUACGAAACAUUGGAAAUGAAACAUGUCAUCAGCUCCGACCCGCACCUUUUAAGUUACCAAUUGCUUGCCAAUGCUUGCUCUCCAGGCAUUCAGACUUGCAAGUAUCCCCGUAGCUCCAUAGCUCCGAUAAGCUGCAUCCAAAGACAACGACGUGCUUUCCACACAUUAUUCGAAGC